UGAUGGAUUCACUUCUCAUUGGGCCUGCAGUCACAACAAUAUGUGUGCUCCUGUUGUCUUCGGUACUAAUGCUGGCGCAGUGCUGUAAGAAGAAGAAGCCAAGACAGAUUCCUCAGCAAGGUCUUCCUGAAGAUGGUCCAACCGCCGCGCCGCCGCCGACACAAUUGAAGGUUAAAGCGAAAGGGGGGAAGAAAGGAGUAAAAGGAAAGAAACCUCCUCCAAAAAAGGUGGAAGAUGAACCAAAAACCCCAGGUAUCGGAGUUGGCAUAGACUAUCAAACUCUUGGUAAUCUCGACAAGAACAUCUUCGUCAAGAAUCAGAAGCAAAAGGACGCUGGCAAAGCAAAGAAAACACCAUCGGUCCCAGCUGCAGCAGCUAAAGCGCCUGCCGGGGUUGAAGAAGCGGUGCAGAAGGAGGGAUUGGCUGCUGGUGGGGACUACCAAACAAUGGCUGACAUUGACCAGAAUGUGUUCGGCGGAAAAGGCGGCGAUGGUGGUGGUGGUGGUGGCGCUCCUCCUGCUGCUACUCCUGGUCCCUCAGGUCAAGGAUCAAAGGUGGAGGCAGCACCGAAAGAAGGAAUUGGACAGGGAGCUGACUAUCAAACAUGGAACAAUUUGGAUCAGAAUGUCUUCGCUAAGAAGGACGGCGCCAAAUCGGACGCGGACAAGAAGUCGGCUGCUGGUUCCGGAUCACAAAAGGAAGCGGCACCCAAGGAAGGAAUCGGCGCAGGAGCGGACUAUCAAACUUGGAACGCGAUGGACAAGGAUGUCUUCCUCAAAGGCAAAAAACCUGAUGAUGACAAAAAGUCUUCUGGAGGGGGGAAAGGCUCUGAUGAUGAGGGAUCGAAGGCAGAGGCGGCCCCACGCGCUGGAAUAGGCCAAGGUCAGGACUAUCAAACUUGGAACGCGUUGGAUAAAGAUGUCUUCGUCAAAAAGUGA